AUGCAAACUAUAGAAGACAAGAUCAAAUUAUGUUUGACUGUGGAAAACCUGACAUCGGACAUCAAUCUAGAAUUAACAAAAGAAGAGUAAUCUAUUGAGAUGCAAUAAAAAUUUAAAGAAAAUCCAGUUAAGAUUGACUAAAAAGUGAACGAAUUCAUGCAAGAGGAUUUGAUGUAAUCAGCAUGGUAAGUGCUUGAUAAAGUCUGGAAUUGCCCUAUUUUUAAUCAGGCAGUCAUUUCAAAAGAAUUAUAUCAAAAUCUUAGUGAGUGCUAUUAUCUCUUGAAUAAAAUUCACCAGAAUGCAAUUGAUUUGACUAAGAAGUUUAAUGAGGUGCCUGACUUUCUCCCUCGAUUUUUCUAAGCCAUUAAAAUUACAUUUAUAGGCAUUUUAUAACUGGAAUAAAUUGGAUUAAUCACUAAUGACAAGGAUAUCGAGAGCAAAUAAAUCAAUGAAUAAUAUAAUAUCACUUAGAAUAGAUAGAGAUUAAACUAGAAGGCUAUUUGCAUACUAAUUGAAUUUUUAAUCAAUCAUAUACUUUCCCAUCUUACAGUAUUGUUUGAAACAAUAGAAGUGAGAAGAGAAAAGUAUGAGUUAAGAUAAUUGGUAAUCUACUUAUCUAAGUUGUAAACAUGCUUUGAAUAAUUGCCUAGUGCUGCACAAUUGGAUAUUGAGGACAUCUUUUGUUAUGAUCGAACAGAUCCCAGAUGGUAAGGUCUAAAUAGCAUUAUAUCAGAAGUAGUUUUGGGUCCAAGAGAAUAGAUAUCUGAAUCAUAUGGAAAAUUGGCUGAUGGAAUAUUGUUAGCUAAUGCCAUGAUAUCAAAGGGAUCUGAAUUUAGUAGCGAAGCUGCUCAACAAGUAAUGUAAGGAUUUGGGGCAUUAUAUUACUUGGUCGCCAAAAAAGAAGCUAAAUUGAAGGCUAAUCAUUUCAUGGCUGAACCAAAUAAAAAUCUAAUAUUUAAAGUAUGGAAUUUGGGAGAAAGUGGAUUUCUUAGUAAAUUAUUACCUCUUCUCUUUCCUUAGAUUACCUAUAACACAAAGAUAUAUAUUCCUUAACUGUUUAAACCCUUAGUGGAAGACAAUAUACUUCAACAAUACAAAGAAAACAAAAUUAAUCGCAUUUAAAAUGAUUGUGGAGAAUGUUUAAAUACAAAUCUGCCUACUUGUCAAGAAUUACUACUAAAAGAUAAAGAGAAAGUAAGUGUACGAGUUUUAUGUCAUUAUAAUCUAUAAGAGAUAUAAACUUUAAGUUUGUUGUAACAGACUCUUAAAUUGAUACAAGGCCAAAAGAUAUUUGAUUAAAUAGUCAUCCAUAUACAUGGAGGAGGGUUUGUAAGUAUGUCGUCGAGAUCUCACCAAACUUAUACUAGAAAAUGGGCUAAAAAUUUAUAAGUGCCAAUAUUUUCUAUCGACUAUAGAAAGGCUCCAGAGAGUCCUUAUCCUUAUGGUUUAGAUGAUUGUUGGCAAGCCUACAUGUUUAUAAUGAAUUACAUUGAUAAGUAUUUCAACAUCAAACCAAAGAAGGUAGUCUUAGUUGGAGAUAGUGCUGGAGGUAAUUUAGUGGCUGCCUUAACCAUUUAAAUUAUUAAAUCUGGAGCAAGAAUCCCUGAUGGUAUCUUAAUGGCUUACCCUGCAUUGUGCUUGGACAUUAAAAAGUUUACUCCCAGCUCUUUAAUUUCUUUGAACGAUCCUUUAUUACACCACACUGUAUUGAAAUUAUGCAUAUCAUCAUAUGUUCCAGAAAAUUUUGAUGCAAGUUUGGAUCCAUUUAUGUCUCCAUCAAUUGCUAGUGAUGAGAUUCUUGCUAGAUUUCCUCCUACAAGAAUUGUAUUAGGUACUAAUGAUCCAUUACAUGAUGAGAGUUUUAGAUUCGCUGAUAGGUUAUUGAAAUUAGGAAGAGAUGUUAAAAUUACUGAAUAUAAAUGGAUGCCUCAUGGAUUUCUAUCAUUCGAUGUUAUUUAAGGAAUGAAAGAAGCUGAAUAAACUGUGCUGGAUGCAUAAUAAAUAAUUUAAAAUCUACUUCAAUUUUGA